GUAAUAUCAAGUCCUAGGCAUGACCUUGAUACGAGUUUACGCAAAGUAUUUUAGACCAGGAGAUCUGACGAGCUGAUUGUUUGGCGCCGAUUACAAUCGUUGUGUACUACUGAUGACUGUCUAUAUGUUCCAGUUUUUUAGCAAUGCUUUGGAUACACAGAAUGAGGAACUAAAGUUGUUACAUAAUAAAGUAACGGAACUAGAAAGAGUAAACAAUGAAGUACUUGAUUUUGUUCACAAGAAUGGAAGAUUGCCAGAAAUUAUAACUGACCGAGAAAACCUUGAAUUAGCUUCUGACCAGGAUGAUAUAAGUGUUUAUCGUGGAUCAGGAAGCAAUCAUGGUGGUAAACAUCGACAGCUUGAGACUGUAACUAGGAGGUCGCCUAAUUCGUCAGUACUAACUGGUGUGAUUUCAAAAGACACGGAAGAAUUAAGCAGAGAAUUGAUGUCAUUGGGUUUUGAAUCAUCAAAAUGCAAUCAUAUCGUUGAUCAUGUUCAGGAAAAUAUGGACAAUUUAGUAAGCACGGAUACUACUGCUUAUGAACCGCAGUUAGAUUUCGACAAGAAAACAACUUGUUUGACUCCACAACGUGGCAUUAGUUCUCCUAUUUCUGAGAUAAUAGACCUAACUGAUCAUAAUGCAUCGCCAACGAAUCCUGAAUGCUCCGGUGAUGAUUCUAAUAAAUCUCAAAAUUACGGUCAACCUCAAUAUUCUUUUCCUCCCACUCUUAGUACAGUGACAUAUGAACUUCGCCGCCGGGAAUUAUUACGUGCUAAUCAACGUAUUGUUUCAAAUUCAUCAUAUUCUUUAAACGAUUCAAUUGAAAGUCUUACCGAUCAUAUUAGCUAUUAUCAAAGCAUACCAUCAUCAUUAUCUGUACAGUUACCAUCAUCUGAAUGUCAAGCGAUUUGUAUUCCAUGUAAUAAUCAUUCCUUACAUUACUCCAAUUCAAAUUCUAAUCCCACAAUGUCUCUAACAGACUCAGUAUUACAUUAUUGUGUUUCUGAAAAAUCUAACACCGAUGAAACCAAUCCAAACGAUUAUUCAUUAUCUUGUCCAUGUGGAAAUCCUCAAAGCUGUCCAUUGUCUGAACAGAAAAUUAAACGUUUGUGUAAAAAUCCUUGUAUUAUUCAUGGUUUCACAAUUCUUUCCGCUGUAUUUCGUGGUCGACUUAUUAGACAACUAUUAGCUACACCCAAAGUUCAUGAUUUAAUACGUUCUGUAAAAGAUAUUGCUAAAUUAAUUUUAUCAAUCAAAUUAGAAAAUCAAUUAAUAUCAAUGAAUAAAUUAAAUAAACAAUUAUGUAAUAAAAAAUUAUUUUUUGAAUUAAAUUUAUUAAUAAAACUUUAUAAUAUACUUAAUGAAAUUCAUGAAAUAUUUUUUAUAUGGUCAUUAAAACAACAAAUUUCAUUAAUAUCUAUAUCAUCUAAUGUAAUUACUAAGAUUAAUAAUUGUUCAAUGAAUCCAAUAUCAAACAAUUCAUUACGUAUCCUUCGACAGUUACAACCUCAUCAAGUCAAUUCCUUACCUAAAAAUAAACAGAUCAGUAACAACGUUAUUGGCGAAGAAAAAAAAUUAAAUAAUUCUAUUAUUCCAAAUAAACAAAUUAAUUUCCCGGCUAAAAAUCAAUUCAUUCAAAAUGAAAAUAAAUUUCAAAUAAAAAAUAAUUCAAAAUUUAAAACAACAAUUUUAUCCAAUCAAAUUCAUGAUCAAUAUAAACAAAAAAAAUUUUAUAAACAACAAUUAAAUAUUAAUAAUCAAUAUUUUAUUAAAUCAAUUUCAACUAAUAAUAAUAAUAAUAAAUUAUUGAAUUCCAAUAAUCGAUCAAUUAAUAAAGUGAAUAAUUUUUCAUCAAAAUUAAUUAAACCAAAAAUUAUUCGACAUUUUAGUAAUAAAGUUGAUCUGAUCCGUAAUAAUAAUACAUCAGUAGUUGAUUCAUUGAAUGAUGAUCGUAAUAAGAAGAAUCAUUCAUUGAAUAUGGUUAAUUGUAAAUUGGAGGCAAAUUCAAAAAAUGAUCAACAUACUUCCACAUUAAAAAGUACCAAUGUCUGUACUGAUAUAAAUAACUUUCGAAACAUCAAAACAACUCAUACUGACAAAUGCCUGGAAACUGUUGUUGAAGAGAAAAGACUGUCAACUUCAUCAAAACAAGUCAAUAGUUCAACGUUAUCACAGUGUGAAACUAGUUUACAUGCUCCAUUAAUUAAUAAUAAUACAUCAAUUCAAAGAUGUUUUCCUGUGAAACGUCGUAUUCUAUCUAGAAAACUUCAAAAUGAUUAUUCAAAUACUUCUGUUCAUAUUAAUACUCAAAAUAAUAAUGUAUCAUUUUGGAUACAAGAUAAUCAAUCAAUCAAUAAUACUUUACAUUCUAAUGAUAAUAACAAUGAAAUUGAACAUGAUUGUAAAAUGUCAAAUUCUGAAUUACGUGCAACAUGGACUUUAGAUUCAAAGAUCUAUCCUUCUCUUACCAUAGAUACUACUAAUUUGACUAAUUAAUAGACUAUAAUCAUCAUGUGUAAGAGAUUGAUAUUACAGUUUUUUUUUUUGUAAUAUGAUAUUGUUAAUGAAUGAUUGUCAUCAUAAGUGUUCAUUUGUUUAUAUCAAUUUCAUUUUUUCUCACAAACUUGAAUUUCUAUUCUGAUACCGGUCUACUUUUUGGAACGUUAGUUAUUCACAUGUGUCUACUGAUGGAUAACAAAUGUUCAAUUUAACUUUUAAUUUAGUUUAUAUGAUUUAUACUUUAAACAAUUCUUUUUCUAAAAUACAUUUUUGCAUACAUCUUUUCUUUGAAUUAUUGAUAAUGUAAAUCAUUUACCAACAAUUACAUGCGUAUGUGUUUAGCUCUGAAUGUUAAGGCUUGUAACAUUACUUGAUUUUUCAGACGAAAUGAUAGGUUAAAACCUAAGACCCGAUAGUUCAGCUGAAUACUUUAACUACAAAGUCACCAUUUCACCCGAAUCUCGCGAGGCGGGAUCGUCGAUGCUCACUGUUGAAGAGUCCCACGAUAGGACGAAACGGCCUUCCAGUG